UGGACUCAUUCGCCCCGACGACGAUGUUUUAUUGGAAAUAGACUCGUCAAUGGCGGUGGUUCUGCUCAACGGCAGACGACUUCUUAUCGACUUUUCUGCCCGAUUAGGCAAACCGAUCCUCUCAUGCGGGGUUCUCACGGCGAGAUGCUUUUAUUCAAGAACCAAUCCUGGGGGCUGUUUCGAACAUAAAAAGAAGGUGACUUCCUAGGAAAACUAUACAAUGAUAACUCGCAGAAUCCAUAUCGCAGUGCUGGACGUUGACGUCCCCGUUCCGAAUGUGUACGCUGCCCAAGGGCUCUACAGCUCGCAGUUCAGGGUUUUACUCCAGGCGGCGGUAGCAAGAUUGAACAAGGCAAGCAAGCUCGCGACAGGCCCAAUUGCCAUCCACACGACGGCCUACGACGCUGUUGGUGGCGCUCUUCCACCUUUGCAGGGUCUCCGCAGCCAGCCUCGAGGCCAGGGUACCGCGGACCCAGAAAAUUUCCGAUGCGGACCUUUGGGGGCUAUCGAUGCGGUUCUCAUCACCGGAUCCUCAGCCUCUGUCUACGCUUUCGACAAAUACCCCUGGAUCCGGCCCCUGCAGACGUUCAUUCAGACCGUGUACGCUGAGUUCCCUCACGUCAAGCUGUUCGGGUCCUGUUUCGGACACCAGCUCAUCGCCCAGGCGCUUUUGUCGCUGCAUAACCCGCUCGUCCAGCCUCAUGAAGCGUUCAAGGUCGAAGCCUGUCCCCUGGGUGCCGAGGUGGGCAUUCAGCCCAUCAAACUGCACUCGAGCUUUGUAACAAGGUUCCCCUGUCUGGAGACUGCUGCUGCUAGUAGUGUGUCCAGUGAUUCCGAGCGGGAUUUUUGCAUCCAACUCAUUCAUUUGGACCGCGUCGUGCCCGAAAAGGCAGGGGUAUUGCAAGAUGUCAGGUCAUCGGACCUCUGCAUGCCUUCCUCGGAUGAGACUAAUGCCAGUAUGACCCUGCCGAGCGGGUGGAUCAGCAUCGGCGGCAGCGCGAAAUGUCCGAUCCAGGGACUCUACAACCCCCGCCGCGUGCUGACAUACCAGGGUCACUUCGAGUUCGACAGUUUCGUCACCCGCGAGACCUGUGUGGAGUUUGCGCGACGGCUGAACUGGCCUGCUGCAGAUGUACAGGACUACUUGGCAUGUAUUGAUCGAGCCUGUGUGCCGGGCAGUGAGGACGCUGACGACUCGAAGCUUGCUGCCGAGGUGGUCGUGCUGUUCUUUGCCGGGGAGGAUGCUGGUAGCCAGGAGAUCCUCAUGCCAAUGGAGACUGGCAUACUCACCCCUCCUCUAGAAAUACAAUAAGUGCCUUCUAUAUUCCAUAAUGAUAUUACUAUUACUAUUCCUUGUUCCUACUAAUUAGCCAAGACUCGAGAGGCAGUUAGUAGUACUUAACGCUUAUCCUUUUGAGGAAAGCCAGGCGAGAGACCUCAAGCAGUGUCUAUCAACCAGUUCUCUGGAUAGAAUGCAAAAUAUAUAGCCAAAAGACAGAUUCUAUUAUACAACUAUCAUC